AUGCCGCAGUCCUCGAACGGCACCGCGGCAUCCUCGUCUUCGAAGCCAUACCAGCCUCUGGACCACGUACCCAUCCACAUAGCUGCUGACUUUCCCAAACCCAAACCAGUCCCAAAGCUCGCCUACCGUUCUUCCACCUACUGGAACUCUGACUGCCCCAUCGUCAUCGACAAUGGCUCAAGCGAGCUUCGCGCAGGCUUCGCCCUCUCCGACGCUGCAAAUCCCUCCUCCUACUCACAGCAACCGUUCGUCGCGUACGACAACCUCAUCUCCAAGGUCCGCGAUCGCAAAAAGAGCUACACCAUGCUCUUGGUCGGAAACGAUGUCUACGCCGACGGCCUCUCCCGUAGCUCCAUCCGCAGUCCCUUUGACACUGACGUCGUCACCGGCUGGGAUGCCAUGGAGAUCGUACUCGACUACACUUUCUCCAACCUAGGCAUCGACACGGACAGAGUCCAGCACCCGGUUUGCAUGACAGAAACGCUCUGCAACCCAGCGUACAGCAGAGGCAUCAUGAACGAGCUCAUGUUCGAAGCGUAUCAAGUGCCUUCGGUCAACUAUGGUGUCGACUGCCUCUUUUCGGCUUAUCAGAAUGAUGUCGGUCAAGAUGCGCUUGUCGUGUCGUCAGGCCGUUCAAGCACUGUUGUCAUCCCUACAGUCGCCGGCAAGGGAAUCCUCACCAACUCGAAGCGUCUCGCAUGGGGCGGUGCACAAGCUUCGGAUCUCCUACUGCGAUUGAUACAGCUCAAGUAUCCCGGCUUCCCAACACGCGUCACACCAUGGCAAGCGCAAAACAUGCUCGAGGAGCUCUGCUACGUCUCGGAAGACUACGCCUCCGACAUCAAGGGCAUGGCAAUGAUGCCAGCAUCCCACAAGUCGUACGCACCAUCCGCAUGGACGCCCAUGGAGCGCUCCGACGUCAUCGUCCAGUUCCCUUACCAAGACGCGCUACCGGAGCAGAAGUCCGAAGACGAACUUCGCGCACAGGCCGAACGUCGCAAAGCAGCUGGCGAUCGACUUCGUGAGCAGACACGUAAGAUGCGUCUCGAAAAGAUGAUGCAAAAGGAGAACGACCUGAAAUACUACCAGCAGCUCAAGGAGUUCAAGGGCAAGGAACGCAAAGCCGAAUACCUCAAACGACUCGAAAACGACGGAUUUGACAACGAGCAGGCGCUCGACAAGAUGAUCAACAAGAUCGAGGGUGCACUCAAGAGGUUCCGCGCCAAAGAGCUGGGUGAAGAGUACAUCGAGGAUGAGAAGCAGGAAGAGCCAACUUUCCCACUCGUCGAUGUGCCCGACGCAGAUCUGGACGAGGAAGGCAUCAAGGAGAAACGGAAGCAGCGACUCAUGAAGGCAGGUUACGAUGCGAGGUUGCGGGCGAAAGCGGAGAAGGCAGAGGAGAAGAGGUUGGAAGAGGAAGCGCUCAAGCGCGACGAAGAUGAGCGUGUCAACAACCCAAGAGCUUGGUCGUCCAAGAUGAGGAAGGACUACGACGAUGCGAUCAACCGCAUCAAGGAGAGGAAGAGGAUGAAGGAAAUGCUGUCGGACAGGAAGUCGCUGGCUGCGCAGCAGAGGAUGAAGAACAUCACCGCUCUGGCGUCAGAUGCACCCACCAGCGGAAGUGCCACGCCGACCGGUGGACGCAAGCGCAAGAAGGGGGGAGACGAGGAUACCUUCGGAGCCAACGACGACGACUGGGCGAUCUAUCGCGAGAUCCAAAACGCCGACGACUCGGAGGAAGAAGAGGAUGCCUACAACAACCUCUCGGCCAUCGAAACGCGUCUUCUGACGCUCGAUCCCACCUUCGGUCCCGACGACACGUAUGCAGCCCGUCUCGCACGCAAGAAUCGUCUCACACUGACAUUCUUCAACGGACCCGGUGGAGGCGAAGAAUCCUCCAUCGCACCCACCGACCCCGCGCUCUCGCUCAAAGACGAGUCUGACGCGAACAAGCCAGACACCGAUCCGGAAUCCAUCAAACGCCAACACCAGCUGCACCUCAACGUCGAACGAGUCCGUGUCCCGGAGGUGCUGUGGCAACCGUCGAUCGCAGGGCUGGAUCAAGCCGGACUGGACGAGAUCUGCUCCCACGUCGUGCACUCGUUUGACGCCGAGGUGAGGGCGAGGAUGUUGCAGAACAUCUUCUGCACGGGGCGACAUACGGGGUACAAGGGUUUCGAGCAGAGACUGUACUCGAGCAUCCGAGCGAUUCAACCGAGCAACGUGUUGGUCAAGGUGACGGGCGCAAAGGACAGGAGGUUCGAUGCGUGGAAGGGCGCGGCAAAGUGGAGUGUCAGGGAAGAGGAGUUCAGGAAGAGCGCGAUCACCAAGCAAGAUUAUGAGGAGAAGGGAAAGGAGUGGUUCGUGGAACACGCUCUCAGUGCCAAUUGGAAGUGA